AUUUUAAAAUUUUAAUCUUCAGGGCCUAGCAAAAUGGUGCAAAGAGCAGUCAAUAGAACUGGUCGUGGUUGGUCCAGAAGACCCCCUCGCGAAUGGGAUUGUGGACGAGCUGACAGCCCUUGGCAUCCCGUGCUUUGGGCCCACCAAGGCAGGUGCGAAGAUCGAAGCCAACAAAGACUGGGCCAAGAAAUUCAUGAACAAAUACCAGAUCCCAACUGCAAGACAUAAAUCGUUCACUGAUGCUGCUGCAGCUAAAGAAUUUAUUAACAGUGCCCCCUACCCCGCUCUGGUGGUGAAGGCGUCUGGGCUGGCGGCCGGCAAGGGUGUGGUGGUGGCUGCCUCGAAGGAGGAAGCCUGUGAGGCCGUGGACGACAUCCUCACGGACUCGAAGUUCGGAGUGGCCGGCCAGACCGUGGUCAUUGAGGAACUGCUGGAUGGAGAUGAAGUCUCUGUUCUGGCAUUCACGGAUGGCGAGACGGUGUCCAUGAUGCCUCCAGCACAGGACCACAAACGCAUCGGCGACGGCGAUGUGGGUCCCAACACCGGAGGCAUGGGUGCUUACUGUCCCUGCCCGCUCAUCACACCUGACCAGCUGGCGGAUGUUAAGGACCAGGUGCUACAGCGAGCGGUUGAUGGACUGAAGGCAGAGGGGAUCAAGUAUGUCGGAGUGCUGUAUGCUGGAAUGAUGGUCACCAAAUCUGGACCCAUGACCUUGGAGUUCAACUGUCGCUUCGGCGAUCCCGAGACCCAAGUCCUCGUGACCCUCUUGGAAUCAGAUCUCUACACUGUUAUGAAGGCAUGCGUCACUGGCACCUUGAACAAGCACCAACUGAUGUGGAACACCAAGUUAUCAGCUGUCGGAGUAGUCCUAGCAUCUAAAGGAUAUCCAGAAACCUCCACUAAGGGUUGUGUGAUCAGUGGAUUGUCCCAAGUUCAAGCUACCCCAGGCCUGGUGGUCUUCCACAGUGGCGUGGCUCGAGGCGCUAACGGCUCUUUAGUCACGUGGGGCGGUCGAGUCCUCUUAGUUUGUGCCAGGGCUGCAUCGUUGAGGGCCGCCGCGGCUGCCGCCACCGCUGCCGCGUCAGUCAUCGACUUCCCCGGCGCACAGUACAGGAAGGAUAUCGCUCACAGGGCUUUCUCAAAACUCAACGGCCUUUCGUAUCUGCAAAGCGGCGUGGACAUUGAUGCCGCGGCCACCCUAGUCCGUCAGAUCGAGCCACUGGCCACUGCUACCCAUCGCCGAGGGGUGCUGGGAAGACUGGGGUGCUUUAGCGGGCUCUUCCAGCUGUCUGCCAUGGACCCCACGCUGAAAGACCCCGUGCUCGUGCAGGGAACGGACGGCGUUGGGACCAAAGUUAAGAUCGCAGAAAUAAUGAACAAGUACGACACGAUCGGUCAAGACUUAGUAGCGAUGUGCGUCAACGACAUCUUGUGCGCGGGCGCCGAGCCCUUCGCUUUCCUGGACUACAUGGCGUGCGGCCGUCUACAGGUCGAGCUGGCCUCGUCUAUCGUCAAGGGAAUUGCUGACGCGUGUAUACUCUCCGGCUGCGCCUUGCUAGGUGGCGAAACAGCCGAAAUGCCGUCAAUGUACGACGUAGGCAAAUACGACCUGGCCGGCUUCGCGGUGGGCGUGGUCGACAACCUCAAACAACUCCCGCGCAUCAAGGAGAUCCGCGCGGGGGACGUAGUGUUGGCGCUCCCCUCUACUGGCGUACACAGCAAUGGAUACAGUCUGGUGCAGAAGAUCAUGGCCGAGAGCGGAUGCAGAUACACAGAAAAAGCGCCCUUCAGUACUGCAGGACGAACAUUCGGCGAGGAGUUCUUAGAACCAACUGGCAUCUACGUGCGCCAAGUGUUGCCGGCUCUCCGCAGAAGCCUCGUAAAGGCCCUCGCACACAUCACCGGCGGAGGAUUGUUGGACAAUGUACCGCGCGUGUUGCCGCCGGGGCUGCGCGUGCGACUCGACGCCAGCAAGUUCCAGAUCAAGCCGCUGUUUGGAUGGCUGCAGGCCAAAGGCAUGGUCUCCGACUUUGAGAUGCUCCGUACCUUCAACUGCGGAGUAGGCAUGGUGCUGAUCGUGGACCCGGUGGUGGUCAAAGAGCUGUUGGCGCUGGUAGAAGGGGAUAUCAGGGUCGUUGGCACUGUUGAAGCUAUCGGGAAGGAGGGCGGCCACCAAGUGGCGGUGGACAACUUUAGAGAAGCGAUGACGCCUCUAACAGCGCCCUACGUGAUCGGACAGGCCGUCAGGCAGAAGUCUCUCUCUUACAAAGACAGCGGAGUCGAUAUUGAGGCUGGGGACUCUCUCGUCUCUCUCAUUAAGCCUUUGGCCAGGUCCACAUCUAGGUCAGGAGUUUUGGGGGGUCUCGGUGGCUUCGGUGGCUGCUUCCAACUGAAAGCUAUUGAACAAGAAUUCAAGGAUCCAGUGCUGGUCCUAGCAGCUGACGGCGUGGGCACAAAGCUCAAAAUCGCUCAAACUAUCAACCAACACAGUACCAUCGGAAUCGAUUUAGUUGCGAUGUGCAUCAACGACAUACUGUGCAAUGGCGCUACACCUUUGACGUUCUUGGACUACUUUGCGUGCGGUUCUUUGGACGUCAAUGUAGCGAGGAACGUGGCGUCUGGAGUCGCUGAGGGCUGUAGACAGGCCAAUGCUGCGCUUAUAGGUGGAGAAACAGCAGAAAUGCCGGGCAUGUAUGAACCAGGCGCGUAUGAUAUCGCCGGCUUCGCGCUCGGGGUUGUGGAAAGGACACAGGUGUUGCCGAAAAUUAACGACAUCACGGUUGGUGAUAUAAUCAUUGGGCUGCCCUCAAACGGCGUCCACAGCAACGGGUUCAGUCUGAUCCACAAGCUGAUGAAGAAGACUGGUCUCACGCUCCAGGACAAGGCUCCCUUCAGCAAAGAAGGACUCACGUUAGGCGAGGAGCUGAUCAAGCCGACGCGUAUCUACGCACGGGCAAUGGCCGCGGCUUUAGCGAGCGGGCGCGUGAAGGCGGCCGCGCACGUGACGGGCGGCGGGCUGCCCGACAACCUGCCGCGCGUCGUGCCCGCCUCCGUGCGAGCCAGGCUUGAUGCGCACUGCUGGCACGUGCCGCCGGUGUUCGCGUGGAUCGCAGACGCGGCCGCGGUGUCGGACGACGAGAUGCUGCGUACCUUCAACUGCGGCAUUGGUAUGGUGCUCAUCGUGUCGCCAGAAGACCAGGCUGAGGUGAUGAACACAACCCGUUCGUACGGCGCGAUGGUGAUCGGCAGUAUCCAGGCUCGGCCACCAGGCGGCGCUCGCGUCGUCAUCGACAACUUUGCGUCCUCGCUCGACUUCACGCGCCGCAUGCCGCUGCUGCCUAGCAGGAAGGUGGCGGUGCUAGUAUCAGGCAACGGCAGCAACCUCCAAGCACUAAUCGAGACGACCCGCGACCCGAGCCAGUGCAUGUGCGCUGACGUCACGCUGGUGGUCAGCAACCGGCCCGGCGUGCGCGCGCUCGAGCGGGCCGAGGCCGCCGGGAUACCCGCGCUGGUGUUCAACCACAAAGAAUACGCAUCUCGCGAGGAAUUCGACCGCGCCGUGUCGGCAGCACUGGAGAGCCACAAGAUCGACAUCGUGUGCCUGGCCGGUUAUAUGAGGAUCCUGUCCGCCGAGUUCGUGCAGAAAUGGAAGGGACGCCUCAUCAACAUCCAUCCAUCGCUGCUGCCGCGCCAUCCAGGGCUGCACGCUCAACAACAGUGUCUGGACGCCGGCGACCGCGAGACUGGUUGCACUGUGCACUUUGUGGACGAGGGCAUGGACACAGGCCCAAUCAUAACACAAGAACGCGUGCCGGUUCUUCGCGACGAUGAUGCUGACACUCUCGCUGCUCGUAUCCACCUCGCCGAGCAUCGCGCUUUCCCUCGAGCAUUGCGUCUGCUGGCUACAGGCCGCGUGCGGUUGACGCAACGCGGGACUGUCGCUUGGCACUCGUAAACACCCAAACUAGCCACGACAUCGCGACAUCCCUAAACACCAGCCACUAGCUGCCACGACAUUCCUUAUAGGCGACACGUCUCACAAACACCAUCCCCUAACUGUAACUUCAUUCUCUAAACUCCAUCCCCAACUGCUGUCACGCCUAGAAACUACACUACUAACUGUGACGUCACGCCUCGCCGAACAUCGCGCUUUCCCUCGAGUGUUGUGUCUCCUGGCUACAGGCCGCGUGCGGUUGACGUAGCGCGGGACUGUCGCUUGGCACUCGUAAAUACAGUGGCGAUAAUCCUAGGGGCCGAAAUACCUGCCAUACUUCUGUGCGCCACGCUAAUACCUUUCGCUAUCCACCACAUCACUUACAGGCGCCACCCUUUAUUUGCCAUGUCACUCCUAGACGCCUCCUGUGACGUCACUACACUCGUUAUACCACGUAUCACGUGUAUAGUACAGGCAAAGUGCAUUUACAAAAGUAGGUACAGUUAUUAUGU